AUGAGAGGCAGCCUGCCCACAUUCACUCUCUUGGGCAAACUGGCAGAUGCCAUCCCAGGCUUUGCUGAUAUACUGGUAGUAGAGCACAGUAAUUUAGUGGAUCACAUGCUGAUGGGAUUGACAUACCCAAAUGAAGGUAUAAAGGCUGCUGUCUGCUACUUGUAUGGCAAGCUGUACUCCUCUCCUGUUGGCACAGAGCGGCUCUCAGCACACUUCGAAGAAAGGCUGUGUGAUCCUUUCUUGAAUACCUUGGGGCGUGCGCAGACGAAGGAGCUGCAGGUUAAUUGUUUGGGUUUGCUAAAGGAGUUGCUGAAAUCUGACCAUUUUGUAUCCAUUCUUAUGAAUAAUAAUUCAAAGACAGAGGAGGAGUCUGAGAACCCUGACUUUUUAGAAGGGGAAAAUCCACUGCCACUUGUUCUCAAAAAGCUUCUGUUGACCAGAGAUGAGAUGUUACAGGCAGCAAGUUCUCACUGUGUGGCUGCAGUGCUGGUUCACUCUCCCAGCAGAUAUGCUCCUGCUUUUAUCCAUGCAGAUAUCCCAGAAUUCCUGUUCGAGUGUCUCUCAUGCAACAGUGAAAUUCUCAUCUGGUCAGUGUAUUGCUGCCUGCUCCUCCUAACUGAAGAGCGCCUUUUCUUCUCAAAGUGUCACACAGUCUAUGGCAUUGAAUCUCUGGUGAGGAGUCUCCAAAAUGUCCUGCAGCUGAACAAUGUGGAGUUGCACAAACAAGGGCUCCUGCUCUUCACUGAAAUACUGAAACGGCAACCAGUGGAAAUCAAAUUAUUCACAAACCGAGGUGUAUGUAUAGAAGCCAUGGAUGUUUUGAUGGAGACGGUGAACUGCCCAGUGCUGGAGGUGGUAGUGGAGGCUGUGAAAUCUGUGGCAGCUUUCCUGAGGAAGGACCAUCUGAGCUCCCCUCCAGUCCCAUAUGAAGAGCUGCAGAAGCUGCUGGAGGCAGUGCUGAAGCGAUGUGCUGACCUUUCCCCACCACAGAGUAGCAAGAAGCAUAUAAGUCAGCCAGCAAACAGAAAUCUCAGCAGAGUUCCUCGGAGACAGGGCCAGUUCUUGCUCAACACCCUGGAAAGUUUCAGAAAUGCUUGCAGGUUAGCAGUGGAAUUCCAGAGUGACCCUAUGGCCCAGGAGAACGCUUUCACUGCCCCCAACUCUGAGAGUAAGGACACACUGAGAAACUUCUCCGAGUUCCUGUUGAAGAUUUUUGACAGUCUCUGCAUCCCCAUGGUCAUGAACUACCUGGAAAGGGCUGUCAGCCCAUCAGUGAUGGAGGUUUUCAUCUCAACAAUUAGUACUCUCUUUACAGCGGUGCCAAACAUGCAGAAUAAGUUCUCCAAAAAGCUGGCAUCCUCCUCCUUCAUCCAACUGACACUGGAGCUGAAGGCCAGAUUUUGCUCUGUACAAAGUAAUCCUGCCUUGAAUCAGGCCUGUUCCAGCUUCCUCUACAGCUUGUGCCUGAGCCUUUACUCUGCCACAGAGAAGGAGAGAACUUCUUCUCAGGAGGAGCAAGAGAUAUCUGAGCUUCUGCAGAAGGAUCUGCCUCAAUUAAACUACACCAUUGCUGAAAGCCUUCUCCUCCUGGCUGAAACCCCUGAGCCUUUCUCUUUGGAUCAGUCUCUUUACAGCCACCAACACUGCUUCAUACUACUCUUAUACUUUGCCUACUCCCUUGGGGACAGGUUUGUCCCAGAAGCAAAAUUAUUUUUAGCCAUAAGAAAUUUCCUCCUAUCAGCACAGGACUGUGGAGACUGUCGCCCCCCAUACGUACUCAGAGCUGCACUUUACCUCCUUGCAGUCUGUCAGGACAAAGGCACAGCCCUGGACUUGAGGUCGCUGUGUACCAUAAGGAGGAUCCUGGAUAAUCUUCCAGAUCUGAGCUUGGUCUACGUCCAUUUCCUCCAACUCUGGUUUUCCUGGGAAGAACGCAAGCAAACUGGGACUGAAGAAGCCGGUUUUGGUGUGUCUGAUCAGCUGAACAACGCUAACCCGUUACUUCCCAUUCUGAAGAGCAAUUCCAGCAUUUUACUUAUUUUACUGGACCUGGUCUGCUCAAGCUCUGUGGAGGUGGCUUGGAAGGUGUUGAUGACUCUAAGGACCUUCCUGGAAAGAAAUGACGAUGUCCUUGUCUGUGACCUCCUCCGGAGUCAGUUCCUACAGAUUCUGCAGCAGCUGCUGGUAGAGAACAGCUCAGCCUCCUUACAAGCUAACAGGAACCUGCCUGUUUUGUUGAGCCUCCUUUUCCUGGUGCAGCUGCGGAGCAAGAGUGUGAGGGAGCUGGACAGCACAGACUUCAAGCUGCUUCACCAGGUCAGUAAUCUCUGUGGGAAAUGCAGGCCGAGGGACACUGACCUCCUGCAGCCAUCCUUGAAUUUUCUGUACUGGAGCCUUCAUCAGACAACAUCUUGUAGUCAACAGAGAGCAGUGGCUGUGCUGCUCUCCAACGUGUCCUUGCUAGAGCUCCUGCAGAAGGUUUUGGAGUGCACCUGGUUGCGGUCCCCUCCCUCUGAACCUGCUUACCUGUCACCUGAGGAUGCAUUGCUGUGCUCUGGAUGGCUGUUGGUUGCGUCCCUCAUACUUUAUCAGCAUCGCUACAAAACUGAGGUUCACCAGACACUCUCUCUAGACCUAACAGAAGUCCUGAAUGCAGUCAUCUUCAGGAAGAAGAAGCCAAUCCUGCUGUUAGUGAGCAUCAUGCAGUUCCUGAGAGCUGCCCUGCGACAGAACUUCUCCUCCUCUCUGCUGGUGAUGGUUGGCCAAAACACAGCCCAAGGUGCUACACAACCACAGCCAUCAUCACUGCAGGAUGCUGCCUUGCACCCCCUUGCCACACGGCAAGUCUUCUCGCUGGUUGUCAGUCUGCAGAACCUUUUGGUGCAUAAAGACUUCCUGCUCUCUCAAGCUGUGGUUGCCUGCCUGGAAACCUUAGUGGAAUACCUGUCUAUGAAGAACCAGGAUGUUGCUCUACAUGUUGCUUCACAGCCCUGGCACCGAUUCCUGCUCUUCACACUACUCCAUGGGGGCCAGAAGUCCCUUCUGCAGCCAGAAGUUCUCAGGCUGAUGACUUUGUUUCUGAGAUAUCAGAGCAGCAAUAUUAUUUCUCAAAAAGAAAUUAGCCAGAUUCUCCAGGAGGCAGCAGAAGCCAACUUAGCAGAGCUGCCUGAGGCCACAUCUCGUGCUCUUCAUCUCUUCCUUUGUCAG